ACACAUACCCACUCUCACAACACACACUCUCUUCUCUUUAACACAAUUCUCUUUCUCUUUCUCUCUCUCUCUGUUUUUUCAUUCUCAGAUCCAUUCACCAUGGCAUUGCUGGUUGAAACCACCACAAGCGGCCGUGAAUACAAAGUCAAAGACAUGUCCCAAGCAGAUUUCGGCAGACUCGAAAUCGAACUCGCCGAAGUCGAAAUGCCCGGCCUCAUGUCCUGCCGUACCGAAUUCGGUCCCUCUCAACCCUUCAAAGGCGCCAGAAUCACCGGUUCCCUCCACAUGACAAUCCAAACCGCCGUUCUCAUCGAAACCCUAACUGCUCUCGGUGCUGAAGUCCGUUGGUGUUCCUGCAACAUCUUCUCCACACAGGAUCACGCUGCCGCUGCCAUUGCACGCGACAGUGCUGCUGUAUUCGCUUGGAAAGGAGAGACUCUCCAGGAAUACUGGUGGUGCUCCGAACGCGCACUCGAUUGGGGUCCAACCGGUGGACCAGAUCUGAUCGUUGAUGACGGUGGUGACGUAACGCUUUUGAUCCAUGAAGGUGUUAAAGCUGAAGAGCUUUAUGAGAAGAAUGGUCAGUUACCUGAUCCAUCUUCAACUGAUAAUGCUGAGUUUCAGAUUAUUCUUACUAUUAUCAGAGAUGGUUUGAAAACCGAUCCUAAACGUUACCACAAGAUGAAGGAUAGGAUUGUUGGUGUUUCUGAAGAGACUACUACUGGUGUUAAGAGACUUUAUCAGAUGCAGGCUAAUGGUACCCUUUUGUUCCCUGCUAUCAAUGUCAAUGACUCUGUUACCAAGAGCAAGUUUGAUAACUUGUACGGUUGCCGUCACUCACUCCCCGAUGGACUGAUGAGAGCUACUGAUGUGAUGAUUGCCGGUAAGAUUGCUGUUGUAUGCGGUUAUGGAGAUGUUGGCAAGGGCUGUGCUGCUGCCUUGAAACAGGGUGGUGCUCGUGUGAUCGUCACUGAGAUCGAUCCAAUUUGUGCACUUCAAGCACUCAUGGAAGGUCUUCAAGUUCUGACUCUGGAGGAUGCUAUCUCCGAGGCUGACAUCUUCGUUACCACAACAGGUAACAAAGACAUCAUCAUGGUUAGCGACAUGAAGAAAAUGAAGAACAAUGCCAUUGUCUGCAACAUUGGUCACUUUGACAACGAAAUCGACAUGCAUGGUCUCGAGACAUACCCUGGCGUGAAGCGCAUCACUAUUAAGCCUCAAACUGACAGAUGGGUUUUCCCAGAAACCAACUCUGGAAUCAUUGUUUUGGCCGAAGGUCGUUUGAUGAACUUGGGAUGUGCAACAGGACACCCUAGUUUCGUCAUGUCAUGCUCCUUCACCAACCAAGUCAUUGCUCAGAUUGAGUUAUGGAAAGAAAAGACUUCUGGCAAAUAUGAGAAGAAGGUAUAUGUUUUGCCAAAGCACCUUGAUGAGAAGGUGGCUGCACUUCAUCUUGGUCAGCUUGGAGCUAGACUCACAAAGCUUUCCAAAGAUCAAGCAGAUUACAUCAGUGUGCCUGUUGAGGGUCCAUACAAGCCUGCUCACUACAGGUACUGAGAUGAUCAUGUGAUACAGCAUGGUAGAGGGAAAGAAUAAAAUGAUUCUAUCCGUAUUGUUUCACUUUCCAUUUUGGAUUUUUGUUUUCUUCAUUACAAUUUUUUUUAUAGAUUUAUGGCACAUUGAGAAUUCUUUUGGAUUAUCCUAGAAUCUCAAUUCCAUUGGGUUGAAGGGCAUGAGCAAAAAAACCCUGUUGGUCUCUCUGUUAAAUGAGACCAAUUGGGUAUGAAUAAAGCUUUGGGUUGCGGCUGUGUGGGUUAUGAUUUGAUUAGUAUCAUAUAAUAACGCGUUUGUUUCUAUCCAUCUUUGACAAACAAACGAGUACGGAAAAGUUUAGAAAAAGAUGUACUUUCUGUAUGACGUUCGAUUUAUUUAAUUUAUAGUUCCUAA